CGGGACUCACAAAUCUAAAUUUUCAGGCGUAAGGAGGGAAAAUGAGCACCGGAAGUUCGCUGACGUCGUCACCGGCGAGGUCAUCGAGUUCGACGAUGGUGAUGAUCGGAGGAAAUGUAGGGCCGUCAUCGUCUACAGCUGUUGAUGACUUCAAUUUUCCAGCUGAUCUCAUCUCCGUUCAAGACCGCAAAGACGAGGCUCUUCAAGUUCUCAAAUCUGAUCUGAUGGCUUCACUGAACAAAGAGGUUAAAUCCCUAGACGAAGAUAGCUGGAUGUUUGAUGGACCUAGGUCUCGUAUUCACAAGAUUUCUAGGCCAGGUAGCUCGCGAAGAGCAAAAAUGAUGGUCGUCUUCAUAAACAUGUAGAAGUUGGGAAGCAGAAUUCUAAGUUGGCGGCCACAUUAAAAUGAGGAAUUAUUUCUUGUGCAGAAUUGCAAUAUAAUGUAGUCUUUUAUGUUAAUGAUUUGUACUACUAUUUUUUUACUGUAAUUUUUGCUGCAAUGAUUUUCCAGAAGCUUGAAUUCCAUGUGAGAUUUGGUUAGAUUUAGGAAAUUACCCUUUCCGUUUCAGAUAUAAAUGUGUAUUGUAUUGCUAAUGUUA